GACGUGCGUGGAGGCGUAUGGAACAUGGCCGCAACCGUGGUGCAAGAGGAGAAGCCCAGCUGCUUGCUGCCGGGUCCGGAGCUGUUGGCCUUGCCGGGAUUCGACUACCAACGCGCCAGCAUCACUUCGGCGGCGCUUAGCGAUGUGCCGAGCGAUGUGAUUAUCAAAUCUCGGAUCCGAUACGGCAGUCGUCUGUCCGCCUGCAAGGGUCUUCUGCUGGAGUACUCGAAGAGCACCACCAUACACGGCAUACGCUACAUAUUUGAAGUGCAUCGCCCCAUCUAUGAGAAAUUAUACUGGCUGGUGCUGACUUGCACGUCGGUCUACUUUGCGGUUUCGCUCAUUUGGGCCACCUACCUGAAGUGGCAAGACUCGCCGGUCAUAUUGGGCUUCGACGAGACGCUGGUACCCGUGCAUAAAAUACCAUUCCCCACCAUAACCAUAUGCCCGGAAAUCAAAAUGGAGCGCAAUGUCUUCGACUAUGCGAACAUCUCACAACAGAUUUGGCAGGACUUUAAGGAAAACAAUCAAUUCUCCACCGUGGACGAGCAAGAUCUGGAGCGCCUGGCCGCGACAAUGCACAUUUGUGACUCGGAUGUGGCUGCCAAAUUCGCGCCGCUGUUGUCGAACCUGCGCAGCAAGCAACCGCAGGAUGUGACCGAGACGCUGGUGGGUUUGAGCAUAUCGAAGAAUGAAACGGGCCCAUUUUGCCGCUGGAAUGGUCGGUUCUACUUUUGCGACAAGCUGUUUGACUUUGUGGCCACGGACGAGGGCAUUUGCUAUCAGUUCAAUGGACUGAGACCCAGGGAUAUAUAUCGCGAUGAGCGUUAUGUCAGCUACGUGGAUCCGGAUGAGGUUGAUUUUCAGAACUACUUUGACCAGGAUUUGCCCAGACUUAAUGAAAUUAAGGGCAACUGGUCGCUGGAUUCGGGCUUCGUAAAUCAAGGCCAGAACUCGUAUCCACAGCGCACGGUGGCCUCUUCGGUUCGCAACGGUUUCUUUGCCUUUCUUCAGGGCCUGGAGCACAAUUACGACUACGACUGUCGCAGCUUUAAGCAAGGCUAUAAGGUAUUUCUUAACUCUCCGGAGAGCGUGCCGCUCACCUCCGGCAAUUACAUACUGGUGCCCCAUGGCCAUGAAGUCAUGGUUAGCGUGCUGCCCAACUAUGUCGUGUCCACGGAUAAUUUGCAUGAAAUUAGCCCUGAAAAACGUCAGUGCUACUUCGAUGACGAGCGCGUUCUUAGGUUCUUCCGCAGCUACUCGCAGAGCAACUGCCAGACCGAGUGUCUGGCCAACUUUACAAUGGCCAAGUGUGGCUGCGUCAAAUUCUGGAUGCCCAAGCCCUUGGAUGUACCAGUUUGCGGUCUGGAGAGCAUUGGCUGCUACACUGCCGCUCAGGACGAGCUCUACAGCCUGCUGCAGAACCAGACGAUACAGCAGAGCCUCGACCCCAAUGCCAAGGUCAUGUGCAACUGUAUGCCCGCCUGCACCUCGCUGGAGUACAACUUUGAGAUCUCUCGUGCCUUCUACAACGUAGAGAAGACAAUUCGCGCUUUUCGCGAGGUGUACGAGCACACGGACGCCAUUGGCUCUCGUCUGACCGUGUACUUCAAGGAGCAUCAGUUUACGGCCAUUAAGCGUACGAUUCUGUUUGGCGUAUCCACUCUGAUAUCCAAUUGUGGCGGCAUCUUUGGCCUAUUCAUGGGCAUCUCCAGCUUAAGCUUUAUAGAGCUUGUCUAUUUCUUCUCGAUGCGCAUUUGCGGCAGUUGCAGCCAGCGGCGCAAGCGCAAGGCCAUGCGUCACAUAUUUUCGCAGGAUCAAAAGGAACAGGAUCAAGUGCAACUUGAGCCGUGAGGCUCUAUUCGUGUUUGCUUACAUUUUCACAUUAUAUAUUAUCUACUAUAUACUGUAUGUACAUAAUUGGAGUCUUUGCUAUUCCACUUAUGGCUUACCUUUCGAAAUUAACAUUUUCCUCAAUAAAAAAUUUAAGUUUUUUUGAGAGAUA